AUGUACUAUUUUUCAUAUUUUUCAAUUCCCAGUCUGAUAAACCGAAGCAUUAGCCAGCAGCAAAAUGAAUGGCCCUCUCCAGUCCAUCGCCCAUCUAAUGCCAAUAAGCUCCAUAGUUCGACAAGUUUGGUAAAUGCCCUUUCAAGACGUGCCUCGGUGGGUCGACCACUUCUUGCGCAAUUAGGAGCACAGAAGUCUAUUCGAAAAUCGGAUGCCGGACUGGCAGGCCCGUCGAACCCGAUUUCGGCUAGUGGCCGAGAGAUUAUACAACUAUGCUUUGAUCAGCCUCAUAACGAUAUUGGUGCUCGUAUCUGUUCUCGAAUGCUCGAAAAGAGACCUGACUUUAGAAAUUUUGUUUAUUCAAUGGGUAAAGAUCGUUGGCUUCAAAUGACUACACGAUUAAGACAAUUUUUGGAUAAUGUUGUCAAAAGGGUAGAUAAUGUCGAGGCUGUUGAAAAAUUAGCUAGAAGAUAUGGUGAGGAACAUGUAGAGUUGAAAUGCUAUGGUUUUAAGCCUGACUUUUGGGUUAGCCUAGCUGAUGCUAUGACUGUUGAAUGUGUUAUUCUGGAUCAGGCUACACAUCAACCAUCAGACACAAUAACUGCAUGGUCACUUCUCGUUUCAUUAAUGUUCAGUGCUGUUCGAGAUGGAUAUUACCAGGCAAUGAGAGCACAACGAAUCUCUCAACGACACCGAAACGUUCAGCAACGCGAACUUUCCCUUAGAUUGGAUGAGGAUGUAGAUAGUGACACGGGAGGGCGUUCAUUCUCUGGAGUGGAAAAAAGUGCUUCUGCGCAUGAACUCCAAUCCCCAGUCAAGAGAAGUGGCUCUCAAAACAAUGCUUUUAAAGUUGCAGAACAAAAGAAUUCAUUAACUACUUGUGAACAACAAGUUGUUAAACUGGGUGAUAAGGUUGGGUAA